AGUUUGGUGAUUUUUUGACCCGUUCGGCUUGUUAUUUGGUGUAAUUGAUUUUUGAUUUUGUAAUUGGUUAGUUCUUGGGCCAGAGCGCCCGGUUCACCUGGCUCGACUCACCUUCCAUACCAUAUGGAGCUAACAAUACUCUCGAUUUGAAUAAAUGCUUACAAAAUAGGGGGAGUAACACAGUGGUUUCGAACGUACAUCUGUCACUACCACAAACCACUGUUCUUGACUCAAAAUCACAUCGUACAAUCAACGUAGAAAUUGUUCUUUGGAGUCGACUGCUAGCUGAUGUUUGGGGCUUCUAUCGAGGUUAGGAUGCCGAGUGCUGAUCAAAUGAACCAGCUYGAUAAGUGUACCAUGUGCGCCGGAUGCGGGACGAGAAUUCUUGAGCGCUUCUACUUACUUGCCGUAGAUCGCGAAUGGCAUAUUGACUGUCUAAAAUGCAGUGAAUGCGAUUUGAGGCUUGAUAACGAACUGACUUGCUUUUCAAGAGACGGCCUUAUAUUAUGUCGAGACGACUACUACAAGCGGUUYUCAAUAAAAAAAUGUUCAUCGUGCAGCCAAGGGAUUUCAAGUAAAGAGCUCGUCAUGAGAGCCCGUGAUCACGUUUACCAUAUUGGCUGCUUCGCCUGUGAUCGCUGUAAGCGCAUGCUCGCUACGGGAGAGUAUUUUGGGAUGCGAGGAAUGAGAAUAUAUUGCAAAGAAGAUUACGAAGAAUUAUUAAGAGAAGAAUCACAUUCUGGMAAAAAUACUGGCAAAGGACGACCUAGAAAACGACGAUUAGCGGCGGCGCUGGAUAGUGUCAGCGCACUCUCAGGGUUUACUCUUGGAAGUCCCGACGACCUGAACGGCGUAACAAGUGAUGGCCGACCAAAACGAGUACGAACAUCGUUCAAACAUCACCAACUUCGCGCAAUGAAGGCAUAUUUCGCUAUCAACCACAACCCAGACGCAAAGGACUUAAAACAACUCUCUCAAAAAACCGGUUUAACCAAACGAGUUUUACAGGUUUGGUUCCAAAAUGCGCGGGCAAAGUUCCGCAGAACUGUGUGUAAUUCCCAGUCUCCGCUGUCUCCAUCAUGUGAACAACUCACACCGGUGAGCGGCAACCCWGGYACAGAGACGCCGGCCGCUGUUUAGAUAUUUUACUUUGAAAUCAGAGUUGAAUUAUAAUUAAAGAUAUAGCUUUAUUCGCUUGAGAGAGGGAGGAAUUUCAGUACGGAUCAUCUUUUCAAGAAUCAUCGGCUCCGAUUAGAAAUAAUUCUGAGUAUAGUCAACAAGUGUAAAUCUACUAAAAUGCUGCCAAAAAAUGAUCUUGAAGACGUUUCUUGCUAGUGUAAAAAGGAAAUGGACAAAAUAACAAAGAAAAUUAAUCAAAAAAGCAGUGACAGUCUUAUUUUAGUCUCACAACGAUUCCUUAAAUCCGAUUGGGCUCCCUGUGCUUUUUUCGACGUCWUAAGGCACGCAAAGAUCCCAAAACUCCAAAUCAAUAAAAUAAUGAAUAUUCUUGUACAYUUGGGGUGAAAUGUGAAAGGGGAUGUUCUAGUUUAAUAAAACUACGAUAAAAUUAACUUUWAGAGUAGCAGAUAUGAAAAAAAAAAC